AUGGAAGAUAAAUCGAAAAAAAGGAAGAGAAAGAAUACCACAUUUUAUUCCAGAAAUGGAUGUUUGCAAUGCAAAAAAUCACAUAAGAAAUGUGAUGAGAACAAACCUAGUUGUUUGCAAUGUAUCAAAAAGAAUAGACAAUGUACUUAUACCCUGAAUUUUGUUUUGGAGAAGCUUAAUAUGAAGAAAAACCCAAUGUCAUCAUUUAGUGUUUCCAAUUCUUCUUCAUCUUCUUCUAUAUCAUCACCAGUAGUUACAACUACUCAAUCAAAGGAGUCGAUGAUUAUAUCUGAUGUUAAGGUACCUAAACAAAGAUUCUCUGAGCCACCUUUAUCUUAUGGCAAUAUAACAACGCAUUCCCCGUAUACAAACACAGUACCAGGCCACAAUUAUAGUUACACACCAGUGCCUAUUCCAACAGCAAACCAUUCAUUAGGUAGAGAUUUAGCAGGGCAUGUUCAUCUGGAAACAAAGCAAAUGUUUCCACAUGAACCAAGAUAUAUGUCAACCAACCAUAUUAAUAAUAUAACAGAAAACAAUAAACACAGUAACGAUAAUGAUAAUGAGCCAAUUGAUAGCAUGUCCUUCUUCAAUAAAGCCAAUAUGCGUAUGAUAAAUCUAUUAAAUUUUGAUGGGAUUGAAAGUAAACAUCCAGUAGUCUUACCAAUGAUGGGUUAUAACAUUACAGCUAACUCAAGACAUGAUACACAGGAAAAAUUGUUCAAUACUAUGAUGCAAGUUGAUCCAGUAAGAGCAUUAGUCCAAUCAUAUACUGCUCGAAAUGUACAAAUUACUUCUAUAUCAUUAGAUGAUCCAAGUUUGCUGAACUUUGUAUGGAACUAUUGCAAUGCUACAAUGUGUUUUGGUCAGUUUAUGUUAUUUCCUCAAUUGAAAUUGAAUAGAAUGCUAAGCAUAUUAAACUAUUUUUCAAAGUCAUACAAUAUACUGAAUACUGUAAUAACAUUGGCAACAGCUUCAUCUAUGAAGGAUUCCUAUCAAAAAGAAGGUGUUAAUGAUCUUUUCAAAAUUUGGGACACCUACGUUAGGAUCCCAAGUAUGAAAACUUGCAUAAGCUUACUCGAUAAGCAUUUAAUAGAAUUCGACUCAUAUGUCGACUACAUUAUAUUAGCAUUUUCAGCUUGCAUUUUAUUUAUACCUAAUAGAACUGGUAUAUAUCCAGAUUGGAAUUUACACCUACGAGGUGUAUUUCAAAUAAUUAAUAAAGCUGAAACAAAAUUCAAUGAGAGCAUUUUAUCCACAACAGAAGGGCAGUAUGCGUAUAGUUUGUACAGGUUUAUUAAAUCGUGGUUCGUCAGGACAGAGUAUUGUGCAUAUUUAUGCAAUGAAAAUGCAUUUUAUCUUUGUAAAGAAAUACAUCUGGAAUCAAAUUUAGAAAUUUUGUAUAAACAUGAAGGUCCAACAAUACAAGGAAGGUAUGAUUUGGUUACAGGAAUCCUAUUAAAUGUUUAUCCCUGUCUGAUGAAAAUGGUUAAAGAAUUUCUCAAGUUCCAACAGGGAAACUUGUCACUAAAUGGUCUUCGAAUUCUUUAUUAUAAGCUUACCUAUACAGACAUAAAUCAUAGAGAUUACAUGCUACGUAUAGGUAACAGUCUGAUGGCAGAUAUUAAUAAUUCAUUUAAUGAAAAUGAUAUUUAUCGUUCGUUAGACCAAAUAGGUGAUUAUAAAUUGGCAUUUUCUUUGAAGAGUUGUAACACCUUAAUAUUUGAAGCGAUUAAAGCAUACCUAGCUAUUUUUUAUUUAAAUGAGGAUGAAAAAAACCCUGUCGUAGUGGUAAGAUAUCUAGAAAAAGCGUUAGAAGCAGUGUAUUCAACUCCGAAUAUUGAUGAAAUGGAUCUGGUAUGCAAUUGUGCGAUUUAUAACUGUGCAUUGUCCUCGAUCAUCAUCAAAAAUCAACAAUUAGAGGGAGAAUUUAUAAAAACACUAGAAAGAAUGGGACAAAAAGGUUCAUAUUCGGCUAAAAACGCAAUCUCUAAAUUAGCACACGUUAAAGAAGUGCUAGUUACUAGACAAUACGAACAACUAUUGAACCCAAAAUAUGAAUACACUAUUUUUUAA